AUGUGCUUUGGUUUAGGAUCUGCAGAAGGAAUUCCAGAAAUGCAAGGAAAGCCAAAACACUCGACUGGACUUGAGCUCUUCCAAUGUAUGUUUCUUUCCUUUGAUUUCUUCGCAAGUAAGUUCGAAGCGCUUUUUCAGAUCAGUUCAAUUCCGAGCACCAUCAAAGAUCUCGUUCAGUUGACCGAGUUGUUCUUGUAUAAAAAUAAGCUGACGACGCUGCCGCCAGAAAUCGGCCAUUUGGUAAAUCUGAGGAAGUUGGGACUGUCGGAAAAUUACUUGACGUCGUUGCCGGACUCUCUGGCGUCGCUGAUCGAGUUGCAGGCGAUUGAUCUCCGUCACAAUCGUUUAAACGAGGCAAGUAAUAUUCCUCAUGUGAUAUAUGAAAUUACAUCGCUCGAAACGCUGUGGUUGCGCUACAACAGAAUAACAUCUGUGGAGGAGAAAAUAGGCAAUCUUAGUCUGUUUUUCCAGAAACUUAAAAUGUUGGACUUGCGGGAAAACAAAAUUCAAAUGCUGCCAGAGUCCGUAGCAUCGUUGAGCUGCCUUCUGGUCUUUCUCUUGUCUUAUAAUCAUUUGCAUAGUGUUCCUGCAGACAUUGGGAACUGUACAGAACUGACACAGCUCGAUUUUCAACACAAUGAAUUGACAGAAAUCCCGGAAUCCCUUGGAAGCUUAGUGAAUCUGACCCGCUUGGGGCUGCGCUAUAACAAAUUGACUUCCAUUCCGGCUUCGUUGGCGAAAUGUGUAAAGCUCGAGGAGUUCAACGUCGAGGGCAAUAAUUUAUCCCGUUUACCUGAUAACUUGCUCUCAAGUUUGAAUAACUUGCUGACUAUCAACCUCAGUAGAAACGACUUCACUGCAUUUCCACAAGGUGGCUCGGUGCAGUUCAUUUCCGUCACGAACAUUAAUAUGGAACACAAUCAGAUCAACAAAGUACCUUUCGCAAUAUUCUCUCGUGCCACCAAGUUGGGCAAACUGAAUCUGAAAGAAAACGAGCUGACAUCGUUGCCCUUAGAUGUUAGUUCAUGGCACAGCAUGGUCGAAUUGAACCUGAGCACGAAUCAGUUAAAAUUUCUUCCUGAUGAUAUCGACCAACUGCAGAACCUCGAAGUGCUCAUCGUCAGCAACAAUUUCCUCAAGCGUUUACCUUCGAGCGUCGGAAACAUGAAAAAACUGAAGGAGCUUGACCUGGAAGAAAACGAGCUGGAGACGCUGCCAAACGAAAUCGGGUUUUUGUCAAGUUUGGUUAAGCUGUCGCUGCAGUCGAACAAGUUGACAUAUCUUCCACGGACUAUCGGCAACCUGGUGAAUCUUGUUGAUCUGCGAGUGGGCGAGAACAACUUAACGUGUUUGCCAGAGGAAAUCGGUACUCUUGAAAAUUUGAAAACUCUCUACAUGAACGACAAUUCUUCGCUGCAUACCCUGCCUUUCGAACUGGCCCUCUGUUCGUCGCUCGAAAUUAUGAGCAUUGAAAAUUGUCCUCUGUCCCAGAUUCCGCCGGAAAUCACUGCCGGUGGCCCAUCUCUAGUUAUUCAGUUCUUGAAGAUGCAAGGGCCUUAUCGGACAGUUCUGUGA